AUAAUUCUUUGGCCUAUCUAAAACCCCGGGCACCGGCUCAGGUUCUCAGCAAAAACCUCAUUUUUUUUUUUCUCAAAAAAUGGCUUCACUUUCUCUGAAAACAAAAUUUUCUAUCCAUCCAAACAGCACUCAACUCCAAUUUCACCUACGAAACAAACUUCAAAGCAUCAAUUUUCCCAACAAAGUGAAAGUGAAAAUCAAAGUCAGAUGCUCGGCCGAAGGCCAACAAUCACAACAACAACAAGAACAAAAACAACAAAACCGUUUUAAGAAGAAGGGAAGUGUAAGUGGAGGAGAGAAAGGAGUUGACCCUGUUGGGUUCCUUACAAAACUCAACAUUACACAUAAACCCUUUGCGCAGUUUCUUCGGGAAAGGCACAAAGCACUGAAGGACCUGAAAGAUGAGAUUUUUAAACGUUUCCUCAAUUUGCAAGAGCUCUCAACUGGGUAUGAGAUAGUGGGUAUGCAUCGACAUAUGGAACAUCGUGUUGAUUAUAUGGAUUGGGCUCCAGGUGCUCGCUAUUGUGCAUUGGUUGGUGACUUCAAUGGAUGGUCACCAACAGAAAAUUGUGCUCGUGAAGGUCAUUUUGGCCAUGAUGAUUAUGGGUACUGGUUUGUCAUUCUUGAAGAUAAACUAAGGGAAGGAGAGAAACCAGAUGAACUGUAUUUUCAGCAGUAUAACUAUGUGGAUGACUAUGACAAAGGUGAUAGUGGUGUUAGCGUUCACGAGAUCUUCAAGAAAGCAAAUGAUGAGUACUGGGAACCUGGAGAGGACCGGUUUGUAAAUCACCGUUUUGAGCUGCCUGCAAAGUUAUAUGAACAACUCUUUGGACCUAACGGUCCUCAAACCAUAGAGGAAUUAGGGGAAAUACCAGAUGCAGAAACAAGAUAUAAGGCAUGGUUAGAAGAACAUAAAGAUGAUAACCUACCUCCAUAUGAUGUGAUUGAUAAUGGAAAAAAUUAUGAUGUAUACAGUAUUGCCAGUAAUCCUUUCUUUCAAGAGAAAUUCCGUUCAAAAAAGCCUCCCAUUCCAUACUGGUUGGAGGUACGUAAAGGAAGGAAGGCAUGGUUGAAGAAGUACACUCCAGGAAUUCCUCAUGGAAGCAAAUACAGGGUUUAUUUCAACACUCCUGAUGGGCCAUUGGAACGUGUACCUGCCUGGGCUACUUAUGUACAACCUGAUGCAGAUGGAAAACAAGCUUUUGCCAUCCACUGGGAACCACCCCCUGAAUGUGUGUACAAGUGGAGGAACACACGCCCAAAAGUGCCAAAGUCCUUACGUAUAUAUGAGUGCCAUGUUGGAAUAAGUGGAUCAGAGCCCAAAAUAUCUUCAUUCAAUGAGUUUACAGAGAAAGUCCUUCCUCAUGUAAAAGAAUCUGGAUACAAUGCAAUUCAGUUAAUUGGAGUUGUUGAACACAAAGAUUACUUCACUAUUGGUUAUAAAGUCACCAAUUUGUUUGCUGUUAGCAGUCGGUAUGGCACUCCAGAUGAUUUCAAGCGCUUGGUUGAUGAAGCUCAUGGAUUAGGACUUCUGGUCUUCUUAGACAUUGUCCAUUCCUAUUCAGCUGCAGACCAAAUGGUUGGACUAUCAAUGUAUGAUGGAUCAAAUGACUGCUACUUCCAUUCUGGUAAGCGAGGUUAUCACAAAUACUGGGGAACCAGGAUGUUCAAAUAUGGUGAUAUUGAUGUGCUACAUUUUCUCCUUUCCAAUCUAAACUGGUGGGUUGAGGAAUAUCAAAUUGAUGGUUUUCAGUUCCAUUCACUCUCAUCAAUGAUAUAUACGCACAAUGGUUUCGAGUCCUUUACUGGUGAAUUGGAUGAGUAUUGUAAUUCUGUUGACAAGGAUGCAUUAUUAUAUCUCAUUUUGGCAAAUGAGAUACUGCAUGCUCUUCAUCCUAAUAUUGUAACUAUUGCUGAAGAUAGCACAUAUUAUCCUGGACUGUGCGAGCCAACUUCUCAAGGUGGACUGGGAUUUGAUUAUUUUGUCAAUCUUUCUGUGUCAGAAAUGUGGCUAUCUCUCCUUGAGAAUACUGCUGACCAUGAAUGGAGCAUGACCAAGAUUGUCAGCACAUUAGUGAGCAGUGGAAAGUAUUCAGAUAAGAUGCUUGUGUAUGCUGAAAAUCAUAACCAAUCCAUUUCUGGAGGGAAGUCGUUUGCAGAGAUAUUGUUUGGUGAAAUUACAGAGCAUUCUCCUGGCUCUAGUGAUUCAUUGCUUAGUGGGUGCUCACUACACAAAAUGAUCAGAUUGAUUACAUUAACAAUUGGUGGACGAGCUUACCUUAACUUCAUGGGCAAUGAAUUUGGCCAUCCAAAGAGGGUUGAGUUCCCAAUGCCAAACAACAACUUCUCAUUCUCACUUGCGAACCGUCGCUGGGAUUUGCUUGCCAAUGGAGGAAUAUAUGAGUAUUUAUACUCCUUUGAUAAGGAACUUAUGAAGUUGGAUGAAAAUGAAAGGGUGCUUUCAAGACGUUUGCCAAACGUUCACCAUGUGAAUGAUACCAAGAUGGUAAUAUCUUACGCAAGAGGUCCUCUUCUCUUCAUAUUCAACUUUCAUCCGACAAAUUCUUAUGAGAAAUACACUGUGGGUGUUGAAGAAGCUGGAGAGUAUCGAGUAAUACUAAAUACUGAUGAAAGCAAAUAUGGAGGUCAAGGGCUCAUAAAGGAGCAGCAAUAUGGUCAAAGAACUGUUAGCAAACUAGUUGAUGGCCUCCGAAACUGCUUAGAGGUGCCUCUGCCUAGUAGGACUGCCCAGGUUUACAAAUUAAGUCGAAUUUUACGAAUCUGAGUUGUUCUGCCGUGUGAAGAAAACUUGGAUGGUGGAAUACCAAGACUAAAGCAAAUUUUGGUUGCUCAUUUAUCACGGCUACAAUGUUGUUAAAAUCACUGCCAGUAGAAACUUUCUUCGAUGGAUGGGUUCCAUGAUCACAAUCCUUAUCAGCAAAUCAAAAGACAAGGGCUAUAUUUGCCAAUGCAUCAAUGUACCAACGGGGAAUGACUACCAAUUAGUCUUCCCAGCAGCAUUGUGAUGCCUACUCUGAACAUUUAACUCAUUGCUGCUAAUUUAUCGAUGAUGUUUGAAGAAAAAGCCUCUGGUGACCACUGAAAUCUUGACUGGAAAACUUGCUGUGUACGGCUUUUAAUGGAAAUUCUGGCGAAUGGAAUGCCACAUUCCUGCACAACACAGAACUUAAUUUAAUUGCAGAAUGGGCAUUUUGUUAUCACCCUUUUUGUAUAUUUAGUAAUUUUUUUAAAAUAAUUUUCACUGGUUUAUUUCAAUGAUCCAAAAAUGUUGCUUAAUAUAAAUGCAUCCAUUGUAGGCC